AUGUAUCUGUCCUGGCAAAUCCUCAUAUGGAUCGCAGCAUUGAUUUCCACCUCAGUGGCUGGAGUCAUUCCCACGAGCGACGGCAGUCACUUCAACAAGGAAUCGGACCUCAUUACAAGCAUUCAGCAGGAGCUUGUUGCUCAUGGAGCAGCACCCAAAAUCGAGGAAGUCACCAAGCUGGCCGUGGCUACGGCCCUUGGGGAACGAUCAAUUGAUGCUUCGAUUGAAGCAUCUUCCAGAGACACGGGUACGAUGGUUAUCGGCAGCAACCCAGUCAUUGACGUGGUGAGGGAAAGCCCGGAAUCAAUGAAUGAUCCCCAGUCAUACGAUGUCAUCGUUCGAGACCUUGAUGGAAGCGGUGUGACUAAUAUUACAAUGGAGUCGCUUGACAAGAGAUCCAUCGACUGGAUAUGGGAUAUCUCAGGUUUUAGCCGAAAGAUGAUAUGCUGUGUGAGCACCCUCCCCCUUUUCGAUCUCCAGCAGAUGCAAUCGGGUAUGGCGGACUAA